GGUUAAUAGCGGUUUACUGAGGGAGGGGCGUGGUCAGCAGUGGUAGAGCUCGGGAGCCCCUCCCAUUGGUCACACAGGCCGCUCCUCCCAUUGGUCACACAGGCCGCUCAUUCACCAGCAGCCAUCACUACAAUAAAGCUGGGUGAAGGGAAAAAAAAGUGCGACCUAGAAGAUACAGGAAGUGAUGUCAGAGGAUGGCCGUGAUGUGUGUGAUGAGAGAGAGCUGAGAGCGGCGGAGGACUGGCAGGUAAUACCGGAGAGGACGGGGACUGUACCGGGCGGUGCCGCCUCUCCUCCGCGCGGUGUCUACACGGCCCAGACGUCAGGGCUGCGCAUCCAUCUUACUGACAUCGUGACGGCAGGAACGGAGACCGAGGGAGGAAGGAAGGCGGGAGACAGUCAUGUGUGAGGCGGAGGAGACACCGAGCCUAUAACUGCAGAGAAGGGUGUCAAUGAGAUGCAGCUUCGGCCAAUAAUGGAGAACAGGAAGUCUAGACAGCAAGGAAGCAAACACAGAGAGCUUGACUUAUAGUGCGAAGUUAUAGUCCAUCCCAAGGACACAGCACUGCCGGCGUCACAGGCUUCAGCAGUCUCUAUUGGAGGCAGGAAGAGCUUGGCAUCAUGCAGUCCUACCGAGAGCAGAGUAACUACCAUGGAAACCCCCCAACUUAUCCACCAGAAUCUCAUGGAGCCCCAAGGCUGGAGGAGCUAAGUCCCCGACAACAGGCUCAUAUAUUCCAAGGUGGCUAUGGUGGACGUAGAAGCGGGACAGCCACUCCUACUGCUAUAGCUCCAGGAGAAAAUCCUAGUCUACAAAAUUAUCAAUCUUACCGCAAAGAGUCAGGCGAUAUCUAUUACCUAGGCAGCAAAGAAGCUGGCACCCCAGGGGGGCAGACACAACAACGGCGACUACCUGGUCCAGUACAAAGUUAUGGUCCACCCCAAGGAAACAGCAGUACCAGCAGCACAGGCUACAGCAGUCCCUAUGGGAGAGAGAGUCACCCCAGCCAAUUUGCGGGACAGCAUUCUUCUUCAGCUAGUCUUUCUCAGUACUCACAGGAUUUUCCCGGAUCAUUCUCUCCAGGUAGUGGACAAUAUUCAUCACACGUUGCUAGCCAGCAGCUGAGACAUCAACUUUAUCAGUCACAUCAGCCUAUUUCUCCUGCUGGUAACCCACCUGCAUCCACAGGAACCUCACAUCUACAGCAGAUUCAGCGUUCAGCCAAUCUCAACUCUCCUGGUUAUGCCCUUCGGAUGGGACAGUUUGCUCAACAUUAUCAGGCCUCACAAGGAUCCUCAUCUAGUUCCUAUCCUCAGAGGUUUGGCCAAUCGGGAGCAAACUAUGAAGGCUACAGCCCUGGAGGUACUAGCUCUCCAUAUGAGAGUCAUAUGUCUGGAUCCUCCUAUGGGACUCAACAAGCAUAUAGUAGUUUUACCAGCCAGCACUUGAAAAACUUUGAGACAGCUAAGAUGCCUCAAGGAGGAAGUCAGGGACAGCAGCAGAGUGCUUCCCCUUUAAUGCAGUUCCCAAACUCUUCUAAGUUACUUACUCAAAAUCAGCUUGGACAGUAUAAUCAAUCUGAAGUUCCUGUACGAUCGCCCAUGCAGUUUCAGCAGAACUUUAGCCCCAUCUCCAAUCCUUCUCCAGCUCCUUCUGUAGUUCAGUCUCCAACUUGCAGCUCUACUCCAUCACCACUUAUGACCAGCAGUGAAAACAUCCAGUGUGGUCAAGGAAAUGUCCCACUUCAAUCCAGAAACCGUAUAUUGCCAGUGAUGCCACAGUUAAGUCCUAACGCGCAGAUUACAAGUUUUAAAGGUUUUGGCGUAGAAGGUCCAACUGAAAAGCAUGUAACAGAUCCAGGUCUGAGUAGUCUUAGUGCACUCAGCAGUCAGGUUGCAAACUUACCCAAUACAGUUCAACAUAUGUUACUUUCUGAUGCUUUAGCAACUCACAAGAAAGGUGGCAAACGUACUUCUCGGAAAACUGACAGCUGUGCCAACUCUGAAACCUCAUCCCAAGCUGAGGAGCAGCUGAAGUCUCCAAUGGCCGAGUCACUAGAUGGCAGCUGUUCUAGUAGUUCAGGUGAUCCAGGUGAACGGGUACGACAGCUAAGUGGCCAGAGCACUAGCUCAGAAGCAGGCUAUAAAGGGCCUCCAUCAGAAAUGCCACCUUCACCUGCCCACACUUGGCAAAAUGAACCUUCAGGAAAGACCACUGUUCAGGAUGUUGAUACAGUGCCAGAGCCAGCAAAAAGCUAUCCGGAAAUUUCCAAGGCAAGUGAAAAGGCAGUGGGAGUUAUUGUCUCAACUGAAACUGUGACGAAUAGAUCAGAGAAAUUAGUUGAUGAGGCUCCAACAGUGGCUAACAACAAUGAGGAGGAGGAGGAGGAGGAUGAUGAUGAUGAUCCAUCACCAGAGCCCGAACAGUCUGAAAUAACAAAAGAGGAAGAUACUGAGACCUGUCUCAAUCCCCAGAAUGGAGAACCUAUUACUGUUGAUGCUAGCUCUUCUACAGGAGUUAAUGAACCUUUAAUAGAAACUGAUAAAUCUCCUGUGGGAGCUGGAUUUGGAUUCAAGGAAGCACCAUCUAUUUCUCGAAAUACUUCCAGUUUGGCCCAACAGCCUAAAAAUUCUGAUGCUGGAACUUUUGGAGGGCAGAGCGACAGGAAAACAGGAAGAAAUGAUAAGUAUCCAAGCCUUUUGCAAGAAUUCCUUCAAGGGCACCAUCAGCAAGAAAGAAGAUAUGUAAGAAAUGCUCAAGAACAACCUCCAGUUACUGAAAGUCCUGACGUACCAUUAAGGCCCAAUGUUCUCAUGAGCCAGGCCAAUGAGCAGCCUAAUCGCAGCAUGCCGGAAAAGACUUUAACACCACAAUUAGAAUCCACGCAUUGGGGACAGUGGGAUAGGAAACACACAUCAGAAAUAAAACAUAUCAAUUUGGCAGAGUAUCCUAACACCAGAAAGUAUGAGGGCGAACCUCCAGCUCCCUGUCAUGAACCCAUUAGUGGUCCCUCUGAAAGAAGAUCUGUUAUCUGUGACAUCUCCCCACUUAGGCAGCUUAUGCGGGAUCCAGCUAGUUCUCAUCAUAUUGACUCUACUCAAGAAAGAUCACAGGAUGGCAGAGCUGGCCAAUCUGUCAUUUUGCCUAGUGGGAUGUUGUCUUUAGAAAAGUCUAGUAGCCAAAGUGGAAUUGCUAAGGCUGAAGAUACAGAUUCCACAAAGAUGAUCAGAAGACGAACAGUAGAGCAAUGUAUUCCAUAUGGCUCUAAAGAUUCACCCAGAGGAAAUGCAAGUCCUCGAUCAAUGACCUUUGACUCCAAUCAAGAAUAUAGCUCUCACGGCCGUUCAACUAAUCCCAAAAGAGGACCUGGGAGAGUAGGAUCUCGAGGAAGAUCACCUGCGCAAUCUCACGAUCUCGGUGAUAAGCUAAAGUCUCUCGGAAGAAGUCGUGGCGCAACAGACAUUCAUCACGUGACUCCGACAAUGAGUCUUUCUGAGCGAGCAAGUAGAGAGGCUUUGUACUCUGCUUUUUUCCAGAAUGCUGAUGCCUCUGCCCUUGCUUACCAUACUAACUCAAGAUCAAGUUCUUAUGGGGAGCCUCAUCCAUCAUUUACAUCUUCUCUGCAUUACAAAAGACAGAUGUAUCAGCAAGAGGAAUACAAAGAGUGGUUGGGAAGCACCGCUCAAGCUAUCCUUUCAGCAUCACAUCAUCGUCAGGAAUUACAGAGAAAGAGCCCGAGACAGGAGUCCUUUCAUGUGCGAAGUCCUGGUAGAAGUGAAAAUGAAGGGUUGCCCUAUAGCCAGCCAACUUCAUAUCAUGAUCCCAGCAACAUAGACUUCAGCCGCCAGAUGCGUAUGAGUGAAGGUACCUCUACUACAUUAACAGCUGGAGACUUCAAACAAAAUAGUCAAAAAACUCCUCCAGGAGACUCGACGGGCUGGCACCUUGGACGACAGUCUUUGCCUGCUAAAAAAUCUGGAUCUCUAGCUAGUGCAAAUCAGAAGCCAUUCAGCUCUAUUAGGGAUCAUGAAACACAUGGUCCUAGGCAAGUUGAACCCACUGAAUUUUCUAAAUCUGGGUGUAAUGCUCAUCGUCCUUCAGGACCUGAAGACUCAUCGCACCAUAACCCCUUAAUUAUGAGAAGGAAAGUGCGUUCUUUCAUCUCGCCCAUUCCAAGCAAGAGACAAUUACCUGAUGAUAAAGCACAUGUUAUUGCUUCUUCAAAAGAAGCUUGUGACAGGACACUUGCAUCACACAAUCGAUCACCAAGGGGAAAUGAAAAUGAACUUUUGUCUACGGCAGAAGAACAAUCUAAAUCUGGUCCUGAGCAGAGGAGCCCUACAGCAGUGACUCUUUCAAGUCCAACAAAGACAAAAAUUCUCCCUCCACGCAAGGGAAGGGGUCUUAAGUUGGAAGCCAUAGUGCAGAAAAUUACAUCUCCAAAUGUUCGGCGGACCACAACUCCAAGUAACACAGACAUUGUUGUUGAGCCUGUAACGCUUGAGGAUAUAUUAUCUCUCAAGGGUAGGCCUUCUGAGGCUUGUAGUUCUACUAUAGAAGAGACGACUGAAAGAACAGUGGAUGCUGUGCCAGAUACUAACAAAAACUUUCUAAAUAUUAAGAGACUUUCGCCAAAGUCUUUUGAAGCUUGGCCUGCUAACAAUGACAAACAGAUUAAAAUAGAAAUUGAAGAACAAUUUAUGGAAACCAAAGACCUCCCGCAGUCUGGACCUUCAAUACAACAAGCAUCCAACCAUUAUUUGGAAACAGGAGAAAACUCUCCAGCCUUGGAACAAAAAAGCGAACAGAAAAGCUCUGAGCCGCAGCCUCCACCUCGUGAGACACCCGAUAAAGAGAAGGUUGUUACUGCACCGUGUCCCGUAACCCCCAAGCAAACUAUUAUACCUCCAAAAGGAUACUUUCCAUCUGGAAAAAAGAGAGGUCGUCCCAUCGGCAGUGUCAGCAAGCAAAAAAAGCAACAGCUUCAGCAGCAACAGCUUCAGCAACAGCAGCAGAAUGUACAUCAACAAGUGCAGGACCAGCAGCAGCUUCAGCCUCCUAUUGCAACAGACCUGACACCUCUACCGCAACAAACACAGUCUAUAUCACAGCAAGAAAUAGAGGCUGAGCCUAAACCAAAAAGGAGGCGAAGGGAAAGAAGGAAGCAACCUGGAACCACAAGGCGGAGGAGAGGUAAGCAAGCAGCUCCUAUAGUGGCUCCCAUAGAGCCAGAGAUCAAAUUGAAGUAUGCCAGUCAAAUUCUUGACAAAACGGAGACCAAACCCAAAUCCUUUUUCCCCUAUAUUCAUGUGGAAAACAAGGAGGAGUUAGGCUUAGCCUGUGUUAUUAUCAACGCUGAAGAGGAAGAGCAGAGAUGGAGAAAAGAAACUUCUGCACGGAAGGAACAAAGAUCUACAUCUCCACAACCUUCUGAGAGGAAAGCUCUUCCAGCCUCAAGCUUCAUGGUACUGGGGCCAGCUGUGACAGAAUCUGCCUCAGUCGGACACCUUGUCUGCUGUUUCUGUGGGAAAUGGGCAAACUACAAGAAUUUUGGUGACCUAUUUGGACCUUUUUACACACAGGAAUAUGCAUCUACUUUGUCCAAAAACCCACCACCCAAAAAAUCAUCCGAAACCCCACAGAAAGUGAAGGUUCGACAUAAAGACACUUUGGAUGGAUCUAAGAGUGACUCUGAUGAAGAGGAAGAAUUGCCACAGCAAGCCAGGGAACAGCGCAGUUUGUCUGCACACCUCCGUUACAAACGCCGAAAUCGUUCAGGAGACUGUACUUCAAGACUUGCUGUACCUUCUCAUAGGAAGACCACUGAUUCUAGUGAACUGCUCUCUUUGGAUUCUAGUGGGUCAGUCAAUGCAGAUGGAGUCCCUGACCAAGGAUUUCAGAUUCCCCAGCUACCUCUUGACAGCAAUGAAUUCUGGAUGCAUGAGGCAUGUGUCCUUUGGGCCAAUGGUGUUUACUUUGUUUGUGGACGAUUGUAUGGAUUGCAGGAGGCUUGUGAUGUUGCUAAAGAAAUGAUCUGUGCUCACUGCCAGGAACCUGGAGCCACCUUAGGCUGCUUCAAUAAAGGUUGUGUCUGCUGCUAUCACUUCCCAUGUGCCAUGGACUCAGAAUGUUUACUAAAUGAAGAGAACUUCUCUGUACGGUGCCCCAAGCACAAGACCAAGACAAUAAAGGGUGUGUCAGCAGAACAGCCUGAGCAGGGCUGAGGGAAAACAUUUGGCCUAAAUUUAGAGAGAGAAUUCAAGCACAGGUAAAGCUUUUUAAAUAAAGGAGAUCAUCACACCGUAGUCCGCUAUAAACACUAUGUGCUCCGGUUCAGUGGGUGGACAUUGCCUUCUCUUGGGAUUCAUCCCACUUACCUAAAGCAUUUCCAUCUUGGACUCCGUGAAACAUACCACGAGCGGAAUCAAGGAUCUCACAGUCCACGGAACAGUCUUCAUCCUAGAACAAGGGGGAACGACUGUGUAAUUUAAUGGGGGAAAAGUAUUAACAAAAUAUAUAAAUAUAUUUUUAAUCUGACAAGGAAAGGCGCAAAAUCUUUUUAUGGUUCAGAUUAAAUUUCAUUAAAAAAAAAAUCUAUGUAUGGAAAAACGAAGACUUUUGAAAACCGUUUUAAAAAUAUUUUCAUUCUUUGACCAUUGCUCUACAGAACUGAAUUCUUUACCCGCCUAAACGCCAUUGAAACCAGGAAUUUCGGAUACCACGUGCUGAUAUGGAUUGAAAGGUUUGCCGCUCAGAAUACACAGGCUGUGUACAUACUGUGUGAGCCGCUGUGUUACAGUCCCUAUAUGUAAAUCUUGUGUAAAAUUAAAAAGAAUCUGCCCAGAAUUUAACAUGCAAAUGCAGUGACGUUGGAGUAUUGUAUUUGUUGCCCACCGGCGAAAACUUCUUGAACAGUCAUAAAACGGUAAGAAUGCAAAACAUGUUGGUCGAUGGGUGUUUUUUUUUUUUUUUUUUUUUUAAAGUAAAA